ACCAUUGUCAACUUCAUUGCACAGACCACCCUGCAGAUCCUGCUGCCGGCCCUGGCCCGCAUUCUAGGGGUGACGGGCUUUUAUGACAACGCUGACUCACUCAAGAGGGGUGGCAGUGCAAGAUCCUUCACUGCCUUUGAGCAGAAAAGACUGGAGCUCAUCCAGGAAGUUAAAUAUUUGGCGAAGUAACUGUGGCGGCAGGGCUCUCCGACCAAGGUCUAGCACACCCUCUUCCAAGAGUUCCCAGACCUCACUGAAAGUCCACCUGGGAAUGCCAGAGGACAGUAUCAUCAGCAGUGUCCAGGAGCAACUGUCAAAAUCUGACCAAAUGGUGGCUGCAGGACAGCUUUCACAAAUAGAUAAAGUGGUUGGAACUAUGCUGGAGAACAUUGAGAAGAUAAGCAGCGAAUGUGGCGAGGAAUUGGUCUAUCAAGAGUCACUGCGGUCUUCCUCCUCGUUGUAGGAUUGGUGCUCUCUCCCGUGAUCUCAGUCACCAAGUCAACCUCAUAAUUUCCGAUAGCAACUUGACCCCUCUGGGACUGACAGUGGCGGCUGGAAAGAGUGCAUCUGAUACCAUCCUUUCGAAGCUGAAGAGGAAUGACAAGGUGGGGGAGCCCACAACUUACGAGCUGGUUCAGCUGUUUGUAGAGGAGUCUGUUAAGUGCCUCCUGCUUCCUAGUUUUGUGCCCUAUUCAACUUCAAUGAGUUUGGCUCAGGGGGCCAAGGUGUUGGCUAGAGUGUCUGAAGAUAGAAUUUCAUGCUCUUCUUCUUCUUCAUCAGUAUUUAGUGACAGUCAGUCUCUUUACCAAAGUUAUGGUAAGCCAGGUCAUGUACUCUGUGGAUUCUGAUGCAGAAAGUAGAGGAUCCUCUCCAACUGAAUCUCUCCAAACAUCUGAAACCACUAUAUCUGAUGUAGGAAAUCUAUUGAGUGGCAAGUCCUCCCCUCGGCUGUCUCCUUCUGGCUCCAUUAUGGCAACAAGCGAGACCUCCAAUGCAGCACAAAUCUUGAAGGCCAACAUUGAUGGAGAGGAAGUGGAUACCACCAGUCAUUCUGGUGUAGCUCAAAACAUUGUCAGGGACGAUAUGUCAACCAGCCCAGACAUGGUCAAAGAUGUCACACUUCCAACCCCAUCCUCUGAUAACUUGGGCAGUGAUGAUGACGUCACCGGCCUCAUCAGCAUGUUAGUAAUGAGAAUUCUAACAGAAAUCCAAACCCCAGCAGAAGAUUACCCAGUUGACGUCACACGCAAGUCACAAGACCUGAUCCCCAAAGUUAUGGAGGUCUUCUGUGCAUGGUCAGGCUGCUCUGAGACACAAGCCUAUCCAGAGAACUUGAGGAUUCAUAAAGUCUACAGAGUCGUCUAUAAAAAUCUGUUGGAGGAGUUUGGCUCUGAGAAAAUCCUCCAACAGGCCGUGUCGACUCAGGACUCUUCAUUUGAUAGGAUUCUUGUCAAGUCUUUGAGUGAAGCGCUUCUCCACAGAUGUAAGGAGGCAUUGAGGGCAGCCUCAAGAACAUCAGUCAAAACCACCGGGCCUAAGGCUCUUCCACUGGCUGAGGAUGUGAGGGCUAGCAGCGGGAAACUAUCUUUUCUACAAAGGCUGGUCAGGCUGACAAGCAACUUAAAGCUAUUCAAGAAGGGGAACAAGAAGGAUUCCCACCGCUCUGAAUCAGAACAAGUACAGACCACUGCUGAAGAUGGCAUGCUGCCCAGCAUAGUGCCACAUGCUGCCAUGUCUGCACUGCCAAACGAUCUCCCCGUCAGCUCCCAACAGGAGACGCCUCACAAACGUCCACUUCUCGUCAGGAUGUUUUCUGCCAUCUCCAAAGGCCUGUUCAAGCCCUUCAAACAGUCCUUAAAGACCAAGUAACUUCAGACAAUUUAUUAAACGUCAUUCAUUGCAUUAAA